CCUUCCUUUUACUCUCUUUCUGUGUGCAAGGGAAGAAAGCUCUCUGAUCCUUCUCUGCAUCCUUUUCACUAACUUUUCCUUCAAACCAUCAUCCCCAAAACAACUCUGAUUACUUACUUUCUCUUCUCCUGCAAUUCAUUCUUUUUUUGUUUAAUCUGACUGGUUAUAGUCUCUGCAAUUUUUUUUUCUUCUAUCAAACCUAGAGGGAUCCUACUGAAAAAGCCUAUGUUUCACGUCCACGCAACUUAAUCAUGAGGCACUCAUGAUAUAAUCACAACGCUUUCCCUUUCCUUUUCGGCUCUCUUUCGUUUGUUUAGCUUCGAAGUUCUAAACCCACUUUUUCCUGUCGGUUUUCUUUUUUCUUGUUUUGGCAGUGUGUUUUCUGUUCAUUCAUUCUCUCUAUUUUAAUCUCUUGUCUCUGUUAACGUACCCCCUGCAGGGGCUUUUGACUAAGAUCUUCACACCUUUUCUUCUUCCUUUAUGUUCUUAAGCUCAAAUACUAUAAUGAGAACCGCACCUUUCCCCGAUCUAUCCUUGCAGAUUAGCCCACCCUCCGUUUCAGAUUGUAAGGCUAAGGAAAUGGCCUACGACGUGUUGUCAGGAAAAUCGAUCUAUAGUGAUCGGAGCUCCACGACUGAUUCUGGCAGUAGCGGAAGCGAUUUGAGCCAUGAAAAUGGAUAUAUUAAUCCAGGCCUUGGGGAACCCACGUUGAGCUUAGGGUUUGAAAUGGCUGAUUUGGGUCCUCCCCAUUUACAGCAACCCAGAAACCCUCAUCAUCUUCAUCAGCAGCAUCACUAUCAGCCUCAAAUCUAUGGUCGUGAUUUCAAGAGAAGUGCAAGAACGAUGAAUGGAGGAGUGAAAAGAAGCAUCAGAGCUCCCAGAAUGAGAUGGACUACAACACUCCAUGCCCACUUUGUUCAUGCAGUCCAGCUUCUUGGUGGCCAUGAAAGAGCAACACCAAAAUCUGUCUUAGAGUUGAUGAAUGUCAAGGAUCUAACCCUAGCUCAUGUGAAGAGUCACUUGCAGAUGUAUAGAACAGUGAAGAGCACUGACAAAGGAUCAGGUCAAGGGCAGACAGACAUGAGUUUGAACCAAAGGGUAGGGAUUUUUGAUUUGGAUGGAAGACUGUCUUCCCCAAAAGCUGAUCGUAACGCUUCUUAUUCUCUCAAACUAUCAACACCCUCACCACAAACGAUACCACAAAGGACCCAAAGCGAUUCAUGGCCAUCCUCAAUGGAGACAAAUAAUUUUAGAGUAUCAAACCGUGGAAAUGGCUUGACUUUUAAGCCAAAUGAUACUAAGGUGGAUGGAGACAAGGCAGUGCUUCAUAUGUCGGAUAGAAUGAAGGAAAGGUUAGAUUCGAGCUCCAUGUCACCUUCAGACAUGUUCCUUAACCUAGAAAUCACCCUUGGAAGGCCAAGCUGGCAGAUGGACUAUGCUGAAUCUUCAAACGAGUUAACCCUUCUCAAGUGUUAGAGACUCCAUAAAAGCAGCUAAUUUAAUGUUUUGUUUUUUUUUUUUUGCUGUGAAUUUGGGUGGAAAUGCAUGUUUAACUUGCAUGAACUAUCUUGUUCCAUGUUCUUUAAAUUUGUCCGGAAAGAAAAUCAAAAAAGGAAAAGAAACUAUCUGUAGCGUUGUGAAUGUCUUCAAUCGCUUUGUUCCA